AUGACUAACAACAAUGUUGAGAAUCAGACUAUUCAACGAAGUAUGUCCUCACCAUCAAAUGAACGUAGUAAAGCUAACGAAACAUCAGCUACAACACCAACAGCCUACGAUUGGGAAAGUGAUAAAAGACGUUCGAAACCUUUUGACGAUGGAACAAUGAGUUUUUUCUGGCGUGCACAUACUAUAACAUGUUUAGUUAUAGCUAUGUCAUAUUUAUUCUAUGUUGCUAUUCUGGAACAGCCAUCAGAAGAUUCUAGUUACAAUACAAAACGAGGUCUCUUAGCAUGUGCUGGAUUUUUUCUGGUCUUUGGUAUGACCCAAACACCUGACGGUGUUUUUGUUCGACCUCAUCCUGCUCUCUGGCGUCUUGUACUUUGCUUCAGUGUACUCUAUGAAAUUAUACUGAUCUAUAUUCUCUUUCAAACGGUUGAUGAUGCAAGACAAUUAUUAAAAAAUAUCGAUCCAACAUUAGGUAUACCAUUACCCGAUAAAGAUUAUGGUGGAUCGUGUCGUAUUUAUGAUUGGGAACAUCCAGAAGAUCCAUUUCAUUAUUUUAAAGAUAAAAUGGAUUUUUUUGUUCUAUCGCAUUUUUUUGGCUGGUGGUUAAAAACAUUAAUUGUUCGUGAUUAUUGGCUUUGUAUGGUCACGUCCAUUGGUUUUGAAAUUCUCGAAUAUUCUCUCGAACAUCAAUUACCAAAUUUUAGUGAAUGUUGGUGGGAUCAUUGGAUUCUUGAUGCACUUAUAUGCAACGGUGGUGGAAUAUAUUUGGGUAUGAAAACAUGCGAAUAUUUAAAAAUGAAACCAUACAAUUGGCGUGGAAUGUGGACUAUUCCAACUGUUAGAGGUAAAAUGAUGCGUGUAUUUGGCCAAUUUACACCUCAUGAUUGGCUUGAAUUUGAUUGGCGUCCAACAGCAUCAUUAAAACGAUGGCUUGCACUGUUAUUAAUAACAUGUUUCUUAUUUCUUGUCGAAUUGGGAACAUUCUAUUUAAAAUUUAUUCUCUGGAUUCCACCACCACAUUUUCUUUGUCUCUCACGAUUAUUAUUUUUCUUACUUGCUGGCGGUGUUUCCAUGCGUGAAAUGUUCGAAUAUUUAGAUAAUCGAGCAUGUAAACGAUUUGGUCGUCAAUCAUGGGUUAUAACAGCUAUUAUAAUAACAGAAGUGUUAAUUGUACUUAAAUUUGAUUGGCAAACUGUUACAAAACCAUUACCAUUUCAUAUUGUUCUUGUUUGGACUACAAUUGCUAUUGCAUUGGUUCUUUGGACGAUUUAUCAGUUUUGGUUUAAACGAUUUAUCCUUUGGGGGCAAAGAAAAACUAUCCAAGAUACAAAAAAACACAAAUGA